AUGUCUUCUUUUGCGUUCCCUAGGGUCGUUGCCGGGAUUGUCAUCGGGCCUCAUGGGGCGAUUUGGUAUAUUUUCUCGAUCUGCUGUGGACUUCUCAUCGUAUCCAUCAGCCUCUCUCGACGGCGACGAGGCCCAUCUCGCCUCACAAACGCCCCGCCACCCGCUGAAUAUCCCAUACAGAUUUUGCAUGACGACAGCAAUGCAACUGUUGACAUCGUUGCUGUACAUGGACUUGCAGCGAACCCGGAUUAUGCUUGGGUCUGGCAACCGAAGAACAACACUCCGGGCCACCCUGGAUACCCAGCUAAGCAUUUCAACUGGUUGAAGGAAUUGCUACCAAAUGAGCUGUCUUCUGCACAAUUGCCUUGUCGAGUUAUGACCUUCAACUACGACUCCAAAUGGUUCAUGAACGCCCCCAAACAAAGACUCUCUAACAUUUCGGACACAUUGCUAGUCAGCCUCAGGAACAAGCGUCAUGAGACUAUCAUCUCCGCUCUCCGGCGGUCCGAGUACCUCGAGGUCGCCGAAUCUACCGUCGGGGUGGUCUUCCUGGGUACACCUCAUCGAGGCAGUGCCGCUGCAUCCUGGGGUGUUCUGAUCACAUCGCUCGCACCGCCUCAGUUUACUGUCGAAAAGAGGAUUUUGACGGACCUAGAAGAGCAGUCAAGUUCCUUAACAGAUCGUCUGCAUGACUUUUCUCGCUGGCUUUUUGUCGAAUCAGUGCCUGUGGUCUGCUUCUUCGAACAGCUCAUGACAGACUAUUCAUCCAGGAUGGGAGCUGUAGGAAAGAUUAUCCCCUCCAGAGAACUCGUCGUACCCGAGACUAGCGCCUGCAUCGAUGGCCACCUUAAGAUAUCUUUGCACGCAGACCAUUUCAAGAUUAACAAAUUCUACGGCCCAGACGAUCCCUCUUUUAAGCUCGUCUACCCUGAGAUUGAGCGGAUGGUCCGGGGUGCUCAAGACAUGCUCAGCCACCGCCGGAAUCCUAAAGCUAUUCCAAUGGAUCAAAACGCUACAUCUGGCGAACUCCGCACAUGUCUUCAAGAAAUGAGGGUGACAAAUCCCCGAGACGUCCUAUCAGACAUCCGGAGUCAAAAAGGAAAAAGAAUAGGGCAUACCUGCGAAUGGAUCCUGAAGCGAGAAGAAUUCUCGGCUUGGGGAACCAACGACAACUCGCAACUUCUUCGCCUCAUCGGCCCCCCGGGCAUCGGAAAGACGAUGAUGUCCACUUUCCUCAUCGAAGUCGUCAAGGCAAAAGUUGAGAAAUCUCCCGACAAGAUGUUUGCAUACUUUUUCUGUGACUACAGAUACCCGGAGCAGAGGUCGCCCACGGCAAUACUUCGAAGCCUCAUCUGGCAGCUGCUGCUGCAAAGGAAUGAACUCUUCCAGCACAUGCGGUCGGACUUUGAGAAGCACAAAGACAGCCGCCUUUUUGAGUGCCUAUUCGAGAACUUCUCGGCUCUAUGGCGAAUAUUUCAAGACAUGCUCCAAGAUGAGUAUCCUGGUGAAGUAUUCAUCCUCAUUGAUGCCCUAGACGAGUGCGAUAGAUCCACGGGCAAGGCGCUGCUCCGUUGCGUAGGGGAACUCUUCCAAAACUCGCCAAAGUCGGCAGGAAACUUCAAGUUUCUUGUAACCUGCCGCCCUGAGAUAAGCGACAUUGAGUUUGAGCUAGAUGGAAUUGGCGUGCCUUUGAAAAUGGACUCGAGCGAAGUCAAUCCCGAUCUUUCCGAUUACAUAAACCUCAAGUGUAAGGACCUAGCGCAGAGGAAAAAGUACAGCCGAGGUCUGAAAGAAGAUGUCAAAGAGGCUCUAGAGAGUCGGGCUGGAGGCACCUUCCUUUGGGUGUCUUUGAUGAUCAAUGAGCUUGAGAGCACACCGAAAUAUGAGGUUGCGGAUAAACUUAAGGAUCUUCCCGAGGGGCUUGACGAAACUUACACCAGGAUUUUGGACGACAACAUUCCGAAAAAGAGGCGGGAGGACGCUCGAUUUCUCUUACUCAGCAUGGUCGCUGCGCGGCGUCCUCUAACCAAAAAGGAGCUAGCGGCCUCAUUCGCGUUUUGGAAGACUGGGUCAGUGGUGGGUGAUCAUGAUCUUCAUGAUUACAUGGACAUAUGUGCGACAUGCAGCUCCAUCAUCUAUCUUGACGUUGCUAGCAACGGCAACGAGACUACAGCCAACUUCUGCCACCAAUCGGUGAAAGACUUUCUCCUGAACAAUCAUAGUGGUUCAACUGACGCGUGGUACCACACGUCCCCGGAUCGCGCGAAUCUUCACAUGUUCGAGAUGUGCUGGCAUUAUUUGAGCAGCGACGUGUUCCUCAACGGCAGGUUAAUUAUCGAUCGCCAGAAUAAUGUGCUCCUCAAAGAACCUAUGGGGGAGCUGCGAACUCACUUGCGCCAGUAUUCCUUUUUGAAAUAUGCAUCCAGCGAGUGGAAAGAGCACGCAAUAGCAAGUUAUCCUGUUUUGUUAAAGGAGUUGAAGAUCGACAUCGCGAAGGCCCCGACAUUACGCGACACCUGGUUGCUACGCACGGCUAGGGAAGGGCACGGGCAAGAGGCCGUCGUCAAGCUGCUGCUCGAGACAGAGAAGGUUGAUGUGAACGCAAAGGGUGAGGAUGGUUACACGCCGCUAAUGUUAAUGGGACAUGAAGCCAUCGUCAAGCUGCUGCUCGAGACAGAGAAGGUUGAUGUAGACUCGAAGAAUAAUUACUGUUUCACGCCGCUGUCGUGGGCCGCCGCCAACGGGCACGAGGCCAUCGUCAAGCUGCUGCUCGAGACAGAGAAGGUUGAUGUGAACGCAAAGGAUGAGGAUGGUCUGACGCCACUAAUGUCGUCCGCUGCAAACGGGCACGAGGCCAUCGUCAAGCUGCUGCUUGCAAAGGGCAAUGCGAAUUCAGAAGAUACUAUUGGUCGAACACCCCAUGGCUCUGUUGAUCCCGAACACAAAGAUCAUUAUGGUUCGAAUCCGCUAUCAAUAGCUGUACGAAAUUGCCGCACAGAGAUAGCCAAAAUACUGCUGGCUACUGAACAAGUCACCUUCGACUCACAAGAUCGUUUCGGACGCAGUUCGUGGUGGUGGGCUAGAAGACGUGGGAAUACCGACAUUCAGCAAGCGAUACGCGACUACGCAGAGAAGAUUGGCAUAGCAGUCUGCGAUGACGACUUUAUCGAGGUGAGCCCGACAUCUGAUGACAGGACAUCCAGAUGGUGUGAUGUCUGCACUUUGAAUAUCCCAGAAGAUGAAGUCUUCUACGAAUGUGAAGUUUGUAACGGCGGGGAUUUUGACAUUUGUUCGGAGUGUUAUAAGAUUGGAGGGCGUUGUUUGGGGGAUGAUCACCGAUUGGCUCAGAGGAAAGAGACAGGAAUGAAAUGA